ACAGACGCUGUAGGCGCUGCCCAGUGGAGGUAUCUGCUUCGGGACUCUUUUGAUUUCACUCUCCGUGUCGUGAUUCAGCUCCAUGUAGGUCUACGGGAGCUUCCGUUUCCAGGUCUAUCGGACGUCGCUGACUCAGGCGGUAACUCUCUCCGCGGCGCUCUACUGGCUGAGCCGUGGCGAUGGCCGACCCCGACGACACCGGCCUGCAGCCGGAGGAGCGAGUCCGCGCCCUCACCAAGAAGGGCAGCUCCGUUGAGGUCAACGACGACGUGCCGCCGCGCCGCUACUUCCGCUCCGGGAUGGAGAUGAUCCGCAUGGCCAGCAUCUACGCCGAGGAGGGCAACACGGAGCGUGCCUUCGUCCUCUACAACAAGUACAUCACUCUGUUCAUAGAAAAACUUCCCAAACACCGCGACUACAAGACAGCCAACAUCCCCGAGAAGAAGGACACGCUGAAGAAACUAAAGGAUGUGGCGUUUCCUCAAGCGGAGAUCCUGAAGAGAGCGCUGCUGAAGAGGUUUGAGCAGGACUACGCUCAGCACCUCGCCAAAAAGAGGGCGGAGCAGGAGGCGGCGGCGCGGGAGCAGUCCAAGCGGCGUGAGCUGGACUUGGAGCGCGAGCGCGUGGGCGAGAUGCAGCGGCGGCAGCGCGAGCAGGAGCAGUUCAGCGCCUUCGAGGAGAUGAUCCGCCACCAGGAGCUGGAGAAGGAGCGCCAGCGUGUGCUCUUGGAGUUCGCCGCGCCCUCUGCGCCCUCCGCAUCUGACACGCCCCUCCUCCCGGGCAUCCGGGGGCCUCAGGCGCAGGAACUGCACGGCGACAACAACCGGCCGUACGAUCGCCCCCCGGCGGCCGUCGGCACGCCCGGCGCCGCCGCCCUGCCCAGCUUCGACCGGUCGCUCAAGCCCGGCUCCCUGGUCAGCCCGGGGAACAACAAUGCGAUGGUGGACGCCCUCCGCCAGUUGGCGGUGCCGGCCGAGCUGUGCCGCAGCUUCCUGAAGCUGGCCGAGGCCAACACGAGCCGGGACGUAGAGACGUGCGGCAUCCUGUGUGGCAAACUAAACAGAAACGCGUUCACCGUGACCCACGUCAUCGUACCGAAGCAGAGCGGCGGGCCGGACUACUGCGACACGGAGAACGAGGAGGAGCUGUUCCUCAUGCAGGACCAGUAUGACCUCAUCACGCUGGGCUGGAUCCACCGUCUCCACCACGCCGUCACCACCGCGAUCCAAACACGGUCACUUUCUCUCACUGGUUGCAAAAAUACUCACCCCACGCAGACGGCCUUCCUGUCCAGCGUCGACCUCCACACGCACUGCUCCUACCAGAUGAUGCUGCCAGAGGCCAUCGCCAUCGUCUGCUCGCCCAAGUUUAAUGAGAUCGGCUACUUCAAGCUGACGGAUCGAGGGACGGACGAGAUCUCCACGUGCAAACAGAAAAGCUUCCACCCGCACAGCAAAGAGCCGCCGCUGUUCACGCACGCAGGACACAUCACCAUCACCGACGACGCCGUGUCCGUGAUGGAUUUGCGGUGAUUCUUCUCCCCAGGGAAACGGUUUUUAUUGAAGUGCAGACAUUUAACUGGAGGAAACACGUUCAGGACUCGAGUUGUUCUCCAACGACGCUGCAAACCCUUUGUUCUUCCUCUUGAAAUAUUAUUAUUGCACUUUCCAAGCCAACGUCUACGAUCCCUCUCUCCAACCUCUGUGUCUAUUUCUUUGUCCGUCCAUGCUCCACUUUCUUCAUUUUUUUUUUUUUCAUUCAUUAAAAAAAAAAAAGAACAACACUAUGUGUGUAAUGUCUGGUAACCCGACUGUUUUCCACGUUUAUUUCUGCCUUUGGGAGAAGAAGAAACAAUAGAAAAAGUGCCAAUGACGAGAGCGCUCUCCAGCCCGAGGAGUUAGGUGUUCAUGACGUGUUGUAACUCAGGUACGCUGCUCCAUGUUCUAUUUUUAUAUAACGGCAUCCUUUCAUCUAUAAAGAGUUUUAAUUCCUGCUUAUGAGUUUUUUUUUAAAUUUCUUUAUGGGGUGAAAAAGUGGGGUAGCUUAGUUUACAGGGUUCCUGGAAAACCUGGAAAAGUCCAGGAAUUUCAAAAUGGUUAUUUCCAGGCUUGGAAAAGUCCCGAAUGGUUUGAAAAAGUCAUGGAAAAUUAUUAAUAUUCAUAUGUUUAUUCACGAGGUACAUAUACUGUAUGUUUUGGACUUCUCAUUGUUUAAAUAUGACAUGUUCUCACUGUUUCAUGUGUACACAUGAGAUUUCACAAAAUGUUUGGUUAUGGAAAUUUGGUUGAAAGUCCUGGAAGCCCAUUGGUCAACAUGUGUAUGAAUAAUAAUAACUUUAUUUCUGAACCCUGCUUCACUAAACCGAGCAACGUGUCCGUGCUUCAGGGGACCUCGACGGACCUCCUGCUCCCCGUCACUGGACAGCCGGACCUCUCGCCUCCUAACCGCCUUUCUGUCUUCGCUCCCUUUACGCUGUAACUAAGAGAACUUUAAGCUUCAGUGAAUUAAAUGCCAAGUCAAAAAUAAACUAAAAUUUUAUUCUG